UCAGAGAGCGCUUCCGACACCAGCGCUACCAGCACUAUGAGGUUGUGGCCGCAGGCAUGGGGUGCCGUCCGGACCGCCUGGCGCGAGUGCUUCCCUCUGCAAGGUCACGACGUGGCACGCUGGUUCCCCGGCCACAUGGCCAAGGGACUAAAGAAGAUGCAGAGCAGUCUCAAGCUGGUGGAUUGUGUUAUCGAGGUUCAUGAUGCUCGGAUCCCACUUUCAGGUCGAAACCCUCUGUUCCAAGAGCUACUUGGUCUGAAGCCUCAUUUGCUUGUCCUUAACAAAAUGGACUUAGCGGAUCUUACAGAGCAGCAGAAAAUUGUCCAUCACUUAGAAGGAAAAGACCUGAAAAAUGUCAUUUUUACAAACUGUUUAAAGGAUGAAAACAUCAAGCAGAUCAUCCCGAAAGUCACUGAACUGAUCAGGUGCAGCUACCGCUACCAUCGGGCAGAGAAUCUGGAGUACUGCAUCAUGGUGGUUGGUGUCCCCAACGUAGGCAAAUCCUCCCUCAUCAACUCCCUGAGACGGCAGCACCUCAGGACAGGAAAAGCUGCCAGAGUGGGCGGUGAGCCAGGGAUUACCAGAGCUGUGACAUCCAGAAUCCAGGUAUGUGAGCGUCCACUGAUAUUCUUGCUGGAUACUCCUGGGGUGCUGGCUCCUCGGAUUGAAAGUGUGGAGACAGGCCUGAAGCUGGCCUUGUGUGGAACUGUGUUGGACCACCUUGUUGGGGAAGAGACCAUGGCUGAUUACCUCCUUUACACCCUCAACAGGCAUGGGCUUUUUGGCAGGACCUGCAGCUCGGUGUUGAGUGGAGUGAUGAAGACGACUUUGUCUUGUCUCUGUGUCAUGCAGAAGAGACUCUUGGGUAGGAUGUCAGCUGGGGUGUUUCAAAGAUGUCUUCCCAGGGUGAGGAGGUCAGUCUGGCAGGAAGCAUAUUGCUUUUAUUCCUGAAAGGAUCAGCUUAGUUGGUGUCCUCGGUUUUCUUUAUUUUGAGUUUUUAUUUUGCCAAGACCUGCUCUCUUGCCUCUGCUGCCUUAGUGCUGGGGUCACAGCAGGCCUCACCCCACCUGGCUUGAUUCCCUCCCUCCUCCCCUCCCCGGCAUCUUUCACAUGUGGAGCAAGUACUCAUUUCUUGAACUGUGCUCCCAGACUUUAGUUCCCUUGAGACAGUCUUGCAUGUAACCCAGGCUGUUCUCAAACCUGUGUUCCUCCUGACUCAGUCUUCUGAGUCCUAGAAAUGACUGCCCAUGUUCACCAAGCCCAGCUGCCACUUCACAAUGUCUGUUGGGUCUUUACGGUCUUUUCCUCAUUUCUGUGUUGCUGGUUAUCUGCCCAUCUGUGCUGUGAAUCAUUAAGAAGAACAUUUAAACUUCCAGCCAUUACUGGAUCUGCCGGCCUCCUGUUGGCAUUUGCAACUCUGGUUUUUUAUACUUUGAGGAUGUUGUUAGGACACUACCACUGUGUAGUCCUUUUUGGCCUGUUACCUGUGACAUUUUGUGAACAGGGUUCCCAGGGCACCUCAGUUAUCAUCCUGCAAGAGCCAGGUCCCAUUUCCCUCACCCUACUCUGUGCACCACUAUCAUCAUAUGCUGCCUUGGCAUGUUCUAUGAACCCCAGAGACACUGCUGUUAUCUCCUGCUAUGUAGACAGUUAUCAUUAUAAGAAGAGAGAGCCUUCCAUACUCAGCUAGCAUGUUACAUACAUGGUGUUGACUGUCUUUGUGGAGACCCAAAGAAGUUUCUACUUAUGUUUCCUGAACAUGAGAUUUUCCUUACUAUUAACUGUGGUGCAGGUCAGCACCGAAUUUCCAAAUGACCGAAUUUUACCUGUGCCAUAGUGCACAAAGGUCACCUGUGACCUCUCACCUCUGUGGUGGUGUAGGGUGGCUGUGACCUCUCACCUCUGUGGUGGUGCGGGUUGUCCGUGAUCUCUCACCUCUGUGGUGGUGCAGGUUGUCUGUGACCUCUCAUCUCUGUGGUGUGGGUUGUCUGUGACCUCUCACCUCUGUGGUGGUGCAGGUUGUCUGUGACCUCUCACCUCUGUGGUGGU